AUGACCGUCAAAGAAGCUGUCAAGGAGUCGUUGCUCGGCAGCUCAAAGGAGCCGCAGCUGUCGCAACAGGUCAAGCAUCAUUUCUUUCACCAUGCACGGAAAGAUGAAAGUACUGGCGAGUUUUAUAUGACGGAGGAUGACUUUAUCAAUGCUAUUGCGCCAAAGCAUGAGGAUUAUCACAAAAUCAAGCGCGAACAUUAUGGACUCCUCUUCAGAGUCGCCGACAAGCGAAGAGCCGGUAAACUCAGUCUCAGUGACUGGGCGACCUUCGAAAACCUCCUGACCAAACCCGAUGCCGAAUAUGAGAUUGCUUUCCGACUCUUCGAUCUGGAUGGAACGGGCACAGUGAAGUGGGACACCUUCAAGGACCUGUACAAUAUGAACAAGAGCAGUGACAGUAUACCUUUCGAUUGGAAUUCGGAAUGGGCUUCCUUGUACUCCGGACGGAGCAAGGCCCGGCACGACAUGACAUACCCCCAGUUCGCUCAGAUGCUCCGAGGAUUGCAGGGCGAGCGCAUUCGGCAAGCUUUCCACAUCUUCGACAAGGACGGUGACGGUUACAUCGAGCCCGAAGAUUUCCAGCGUAUCAUCCUCGAGACCUCGAAACACAAGCUGUCGGAUUAUGUCCUGGAAAACCUUCCCAGUCUGUGCAACAUCUCAGCGGGCACCAAGAUCUCGUACGCUACCGUUCGUGCUUUCCAGAAUAUCAUGCGUGAGAUGGAUAUGAUCGACGUUAUUGUCCGCGAAGCCACCCAGAAGAGCGAAGACGGCAAGAUCACGCGCGCCGACUUUCUCAACGAAGCUGCUCGCAUUACGCGAUUCUCGCUUUUCACACCAAUGGAAGCGGAUAUCCUAUUCCAUUUUGCUGGCCUCGAUGCGCCUUCCGGCCGACUAUCUCAGAAGGAUUUCGCCAAGGUCGUUGAUGCCUCCUGGCGUAUGCCUUUGGCUCUGGCUGGACAGGCCGUCUCCACUGCAACAACCACUGCUCAAGUCGCAGCUGAAAAGACUCGGUCGGUGUUGCACAGCAUUUUGGAAUCGGUCCACCAUUUCGCGCUUGGCAGUCUUGCAGGCGCUUUCGGCGCCUUUAUGGUUUACCCCAUCGAUCUCGUCAAGACGCGCAUGCAGAACCAACGUUCGACGCGUGUUGGCGAAAGACUGUACAACAACUCGCUUGAUUGUUUCAGAAAAGUCAUUCGCAAUGAGGGCUUCCUAGGCCUGUAUUCCGGUGUCCUGCCUCAAUUGAUCGGUGUUGCUCCGGAAAAGGCCAUCAAGCUGACCGUGAACGAUCUCGUGCGUGGCCACUUCGCCAACAAGGAAAACGGCAAGAUCUGGUAUCCCUAUGAGAUUCUCGCGGGUGGUACUGCUGGUGGUUGCCAAGUUAUCUUCACAAAUCCCCUCGAGAUUGUCAAGAUCCGCCUGCAGGUUCAGGGUGAGAUUGCCAAGACUGUCGAGGGGGCUCCCCGUCGCUCGGCCAUGUGGAUUGUGAAGAAUCUGGGUCUGGUGGGAUUGUACAAGGGUGCCAGCGCUUGCUUGCUCCGUGAUGUUCCCUUCUCUGCCAUCUACUUCCCCACCUAUGCCCAUCUGAAGAGCGACGUUUUCGGCGAGACUCAAACACAGAGACUUGGCAUUGUGCAGCUGCUCACUGCCGGUGCCAUUGCCGGUAUGCCGGCCGCUUAUCUUACCACACCCUGCGAUGUUAUCAAGACCCGUCUGCAAGUUGAAGCUCGCAAAGGAGACGUUCGUUACAAUGGCUUGCGCCAUUGUGCGGCCACGAUCUGGAGGGACGAAGGUUUCAAGGCCUUCUUCAAGGGUGGUCCUGCUCGUAUCGUUCGUUCGUCGCCGCAGUUCGGUUUCACACUGGCUGCCUAUGAACUGCUGCAGAACUGGCUUCCCAUGCCCGGCACUCACGUUGACGUCACUCCCUCGGGACAUGUUGAGCCCGGCGUUGGGUUACAGAGUGCCAAAGCACCUCUCCCUUAUCUGAGGUCAAGAAACGCUCUGAAGCUCCUCCUCGACCUCGACGAGAACAUUGGCCGCGUCUAUAUCCCCCAGGCCGAUAAAUGGCCCAAAUUCCUUCAGCCUUCGAAGCAAUGA